GCCCUCCCCAAGCUGCUGACUUCCCCUCCCCCUCCCCCUCUACACCGAGGGGGUAGGGGGCUGGGCACAGACGAUCUACAAUGCCCUGUGCAGCUUCUGUGCUGGGCAGCAAGGACUGUGGCGGCAGCAAGAGGUGGGAGAGCAGUGCUGACUGCUGACCACUUGCCUGGCUGCUUCGCCGGCUUCCUCCCUCCCUCCUUCCUGCCUCUCCAGGGCAGGCACCACAGUCCCACCCCCCACCCCGCCUUCUUGGCCCUCCCAGCUUCUCCACGUAAGCCCCCUCCCCACCUGCCUUUUCUCGCCCUCCCCUCCCCCAGCCGCAUCCUCCUCCUCCCUCCCGUACUCUCUUUCUCUGUCCUCUCAUCAAGUCCACCCCUCUGCCUCUCUCCCAUCCCUCUGGCUGCCUUUCUCCAGCUUCCUUUCCCAGAUCCUCCCUCUCCCCAGUCUCUCCCCAUUUCCCCAGCCUCAUCCAACUCCUUUCUCCCUUCCUCUGGUCUGACUCUCCUGCCCCAUCCCAUCCCCGCCCUGUCCCUUUGUGCCCCUUCCUCUUUUUCUCCGUCUCUGCCUUGGCGUCCCUCCUCUACCUCCCACUCCCUUCAGCUCGGCGUCCCAUUCCCUCUACGUCGCCUCCCUGCCCGAGGCCUGAGCCACCAUGCUGACCCCAAUGGUGGCUGGGGGGGUGGUGUUCCCCGGACUCUUCCUCCUCUCCAAGAACGCGCUGCAGCGGCUGCCCCAGCUGCGCUGGGAGGAGGCCGACGCGGUCACUGUCUCAGCCAGGCUAGUGUCUUCUGUCCAAGCUGUCAUGGCCUCCACAGCUGGCUACAUCGUCUCCACCUCCUGCAAACACAUCAUUGAUGACCAACAUUGGCUUUCCUCUGCCUACACUCAAUUUGCAGUGCCCUACUUCAUCUAUGACAUCUACGCCAUGUUCCUCUGUCACUGGCACAAGCACCAGGUCAAGGGACAUGGAGGGGACGAAGGGGGGGCCAGAGCCCCAGGCAACACCUGGGCUGUGGCUCGUGGCUACCUGCACAAGGAGUUCCUCAUGGUGCUCCACCACGCUGUCAUGGUACUCGUGUGCUUCCCGCUGUCAGUGGUGUGGCGUCAGGGCAAGGGAGAUUUCUUUCUAGGCUCCUUGCUGAUGGCGGAGGUCAGCACCCCCUUCGUCUGCCUUGGCAAGAUUCUCAUCCAGUACAAGCAGCAGCACACGCUGCUGCACAAGGUGAAUGGGGCGCUGAUGCUGCUCACCUUCCUCUGCUGCCGGGUGCUGCUCUUCCCCUACCUGUACUGGGCCUAUGGGCGGCAUGCUGGCCUGCCCCUUCUUGCUGUGCCCCUCUCCAUCCCAGCCCACAUCAACCUGGGCGCCGCCCUGCUGCUCGCCCCCCAGCUCUACUGGUUCUUCCUCAUCUGCCGCGGGGCUUGCCGCCUCUUCUGGCCCCGGGGCUCCCCACAGCCCUCUCCUUGUCAGACCCAGGACUGAAGCUGGGGCCCCGGGGGACCCUCCCCACCCUGCGAGGAUGGGGCUCUGGGGCUGCUGUAUGGGGCUGGGGAGCCAAGGGGCUUCUGAUUGAUAGCCCCAGGACUGGAAGAUGGACUCCCAAGGGGUGGGGAAUCUGCCCUCAGGGGCUGAAGGGCAGGGACAGGGUGAGACGGCUGGAAGGGAGAGGGGACCACUUCUCCCCACAGUGCCUGAGCUGAGGGGAGUCAGCCCCUUCCUGCACAACCUCUUCUUUGAUCACAUCUCUGGGACCCUGGAGAAGCAAAGGAUGGAGGAAGGGCUGCCACUUCCCAGAGACUCAAGGGGACCAGGACUCUGAGAAUGUAGGGGAGGCCCUGCUGCCAAGGCCAUCCCAGCCCCCCUGCUGCAAACUCUUCUCAGCUCCCUGUCAUCUGGGAGGGAGGGGACACCCAAACUAAUGCCCAUGAGCCUCCUCUUCAAGGGAGGCUAGCCAGCCUGAGAAAUCUUAUUUAUUUUAUUUAUUUGCCCAAAUUCAAACUAGUUUGUUGGGGGUUGGGGCAGGGAGGUUGCUGCUGCCCCCAGCCUUCCCAGUGCUGAGCAACCCCAGGGAUAAGUGAGGGGGCACCUGGCCUCUUCCCCAUUAGGCUGCACAUCUUGCCCUCGGGCCCCAGCAUGUCCCUGGUGCUACAGACCUCUCAAGGCUUCCUCCAGUCUGGGGUCAGGGGACCCUGGGAGGUGCUUUACAGACCGCAAAUAAAGACGAUCUGCGUGAACGCCA